AUUAACAGGACCUGUAUAGAUUUUUAAAAUUUCUCAUAGAAAAAACAUUACCAGACUUGAAAGAAGCAACAUGGAGAAAGAUAAUAGACUCAACACAGCAGACAAUUGUUCUAAAACAAAUCAAGCAAAUACUCCAUCUCAAACUACAAUCAACGUGGAAUAUGAGAGGGAUGAAAAAUACAACAGAAUUGCACUGCUGGCCAUAAAAAUCCAGACAUCGGUCUAUUUUGUUUUAAACAAACAUAAAACCAAAGGCAUCCGUGGGCUCAGACUUCUUCUCCUGCUGCUGUACUUCGUCUAUUUUGGAUACGCCAUGUACUUCAAGUUUGAAGACGAGGGCUCGAUACGACUUCUCGUUUGUUCUAUUUUUGGAACAAUCAUUCUUCUUUAUAUCCAACUCAAACAAUUACCUAUAUCCAAGACGGGUGUUUUCACCUGUCUAAAACAGGUCUUCAGAACCAACAAUGCCAGAACCUUAAAAAAGUACAUGAGGAGAUUAUUGAUGGUGUCUGUGUUUGUUUCGCUUUCUGUAUACAUCGUCAUUGAUGUUUUACUGGACUAUCCACAAAACUCAGUGUCUGUUGCUGGCUUGAUUUUAUACAUCAUCAUUUUCUACGUAUUUUCGAAAAGCCCUGCCAAGGUGAAGUGGAGACCAAUUUUCUGGGGCUUUGCCCUGCAGUAUAUAUUUGCCCUCGUCAUACUCAGAACGAAGUGGGGCUACUUAGCAUUCCAAUGGCUAGGUGAUCGGAUCUUAGAAUUUCUAAACUUUUCCAAUGCUGGUGCCAUGUUUGUCUUUGGUGAUCUUUACACCAAUCACCUUUUUGCAUUUAAGGUUUUGCCAGUGGCUGUUUGGUUCUGUUCCGUAAUUUCCGUUCUCUAUUACCUUGGUGUCAUGCAGGUCGUCAUUAAGAGGAUGGGCAUGUUCCUGGCAUUCUGCUUGGGAACCACACCGGCAGAGUCCUUGAAUGCUGCAGCAAAUAUAUUCCUAGGCAUGACUGAUGGCCCACUGAUGCUUCAGCCAUUAUUAGAAGAUAUGACAAGCUCCGAGCUACAUGCUGUGAUGACAGGGGGAUUCGCCACAAUCGCUGGAUCUGUUCUUGGAGCCUACAUUAAUUUUGGUGUGCCUGCAAACCAUCUUAUCACAGCCUCUGUCAUGUCAGCACCAGCUGCUCUGGCCGUCUCUAAACUUGCUUACCCGGAAACGGAAAUGACGAAAACAAACCUUUAUGACUUUGACAAAAUGGGGAAAUCAACGGACAGAAAUAUCAUAGAAGCCAUUUUGUCAGGGGCGUGGAACUCAAUCAAGAUCAUAACUGCUGUUGCUGUAAAUGUAAUGGCAUUUCUGAGUGUUCUUGAAUUUGUAAACAUGACCUUGGAUUGGUUUGGAGAACGUGUUGGAAUUGAAAGUCUGUCUUUUCAGUUGAUCUGUUCCUAUGUGUUCUAUCCGAUCGCUUUCUUUAUGGGGACGGAUAUACCGGACUGUCGUCGUGUGGCGGAACUGAUCGGAAUCAAAACCUUCACCAACGAGUUCGUGGCGUAUGCAGAGCUCUCUCACCUUAUAGCUAACAAAAAGACUUUCAUGUUAUACACAGCACACUGGAAUUCAUCCUCCGCCUGGUUCUAUAAGGGAGAGGAUAUUUUUCUUCCAUAUUCCAAUCAGACAUUAAAAAAUGGAAUAAUAUCGAAUAAAUCUGAGGUAAUAGCUACAUAUGCUUUGUGUGGAUUUUCAAAUUUUGGAUCCAUGGGCAUACUUCUAGGCGCUAUGACAGCUUUGGUUCCUUCAAGACGAGGUGAUAUGUCCAAAAUCAUUCUUAGAGCAAUGAUAGCAGGAAAUGCCGCUUGUUUCCUAACAGGAUGUAUUGCAGGUUUACUUUAUAAAGAUUAUGGAACUGGAGCAACAUAGUUUGAAAGAAGAUUAAG